AUGCGCGGGGCGGGCGGGCGGCACUUCGAGCGGCUAGGGCGGGCGGACCUCGCGUCUCGACUGAGAGGCGCGCAGCAUCGCGCCGCCGCGCCGCACCGCCCCCGCGCACUACCUCCCCCGCGCGCCGCCGGCCCUGCCGCGCCCUCCCUUUCCCUCGCCUCCCCACCUCGCCCCGCUCCGCGCCGCACUGUCUACGAUGCCUGCAAUCUCACCGGCCGUUCUACACUCUAA